UUAAUAAUUUCAAUAAUGCUAAUGCAUUCAUACGAUAACUUUUUCGGCUUAAUUGCAGUUAUGGCUGCCCUCAACUCAACACUACGAUCAGUUUCAGUUCGGACGAAGCUUAGUAAAGAUCGCAUCUUAGCGGCUUCUUCUUAUUUCUCAGCUGAGAUUUGUGUGCGUGUAAUUGUGCUGCGUAUCGUCUUUUCUUUUUUUGUCGUUGUUAGUGUUCCGCGUAGGGCUUUGAAAAUGAAAAUCCUUUUGGUAUUUUCACUUUUCAUUGUCGGCACUUUGGCCAACAAAGUGGGCAAUCAAUCACCAGCUGGACCCAAAAAACAUAUGGUUUGCUACUACGACUCAACGAGUUUCAUCAAAGAGGGACUUGGCAAACUUAUAAUUGACGACCUCGAACCGGCCCUGCAGUUCUGCGACUAUCUUGUCUAUGGUUAUGCGGGCAUUGAACGCGACUCCCACAAAGCGGUCUCACUCAAUCAGAACUUAGACUUGGAUCUCGGCAAGGGCCUUUACCGUACGGUUACACGCCUAAAGCGCAAAUACCCCGCAUUGAAGGUGCUGCUUGGCUUGGGCGGUGAUAAGGAUAUCGAGACCGGCGAAGAUGCCAAAGACUUACCAAACAAGUACUUGGAAUUGCUGGAGAAUCCAGUUGGACGUACGCGCUUCCUCAACACAGUUUAUGCUUUGGUAAAGACCUACGGCUUCGAUGGCCUCGAUAUUGCCUGGCAAUUCCCGAAGAACAAGCCCAAAAAGGUACACAGCGGUAUUGGCAGUUUGUGGAAGGGUUUCAAAAAGGUCUUCAGUGGCGAUCACAUUGUCGAUGAAAAAUCUGAGGAGCAUAAGGAACAGUUCACUGCAUUGCUGCGAGAUGUAAAGAACGAAUUCCGUCCCGAUAAUUUAUUGCUGUCGGCAACAGUGUUGCCCAAUGUGAACUCAUCGUUAUUCUACGACGUGCCGGCUAUUGUUAACUACCUGGACUUCGUCAACUUAGCCGCCUUUGACUUUUACACACCGGAACGCAACCCUGAACUGGCCGAUUUGCCAGCACCGCUGUACGAACUGCCCGAACGUAAUCCACAAUUUAAUGUCAACUUCCAGGUGCAAUAUUGGUUGCGUAACAAUUGCCCAGCCUCCAAAUUGAAUGUGGGUGUGCCCGCCUUCGGCCGCGCCUGGAAGCUGACCGAUGGUUCCGGCGACACUGGCGUACCACCGGUGGGCAAUGUUGAAAAUGAAGCACCCGCUGGCCCUCACACACAAAUCAAGGGUCUCUACAGUUGGCCGGAGGUGUGCGCACUGCUGCCGAAUACCAACAAUGCCUAUGGCAAGGGCGCCAACCUGGCUCUUACCAAGGUAGCCGAUCCGACCAGACGUACUGGAAACUACGCAUAUCGCACAGAUGAAAAGAGCAGCGGUCAUGGCUUGUGGGUGGCUUAUGACGACCCCGACACAGCGGCCGAGAAGGCAGGCUAUGUGCGUCAAUUCAAUUUGGGUGGCGUAGCGCUUUUCGAUUUGUCCUUUGAUGACUUCCGUGGCUCUUGCACUGGCGACAAAUACCCUGUACUGCGCGCCAUCAAGUACCGCCUAGUCAACUAAACCACAACGCAAUACCUAAAUACAUAUUUCUAAUUUUUGACACAUUUACAACGUAACUAUAUAGCACGAACAUGAAUAUAUGUAUGUAUAAAUAUAUAUGCAUACUUCACAGCAGAAUUCGAAAAGGGCGUAGAAUAAAUUUAGUUUUUAAUUUGGGCAUUAAUUAAAAAAUGAGAUAAAUUUAUUGCUCUAAGAAAAUAAAACCAUUCGAGAUUUCCAUACUCUCAUCUAUUUCCUAAACAUAA